AUGGCCGUCGCCAAGAUUUUGGCAGCAGCCAACCCGUUUGCUCGUUUGGAGCUGGAGCCCGAGGCAGUGGACGUGGCAGUGGUGCGGAGCCAUUACCGGCGACUGGCCCUGGCAGUGCAUCCUGACAAAUGCAAGGAGCCGCAGGCCAAGGAGGCAUUCCAGGCCCUCAGCGAAGCCUUCGAGAAGCUGUCAUCGACGGUGGGCCAGGCGCAGUGCCUCAGAGAGGCGGGGUUGCAGGCCAAAGCAGCCAAGGCAGCCAAAGUAAGCAGGGCAGCGAGGGCGCCGGGCGCACCGGGCCCGAUGGGGGGACCCCCCACCGACGAGGAGCGGAAGGCGCGCUGGUGGGACACCAAGACUUGGGAGGAGUUCGAGGAGCGUUUGCGGCACCGCGAGCGUGCCGAGGCGGCCCUGCGCCUGCGCUACGAGGGCGGUCUGCGCCUUCGCUUCAGCACGCGGAAGAUGCGGGAGCACGUCCGGGCGGCCGAGCGUUCGGUAGAGCACCUGGAUCGGAACGCUGGGAUGACGGAGAGCCCGCUUUGGCCGCCAGAGUCCACACAGGCGGCACGGGAAGUGGAGGAGGAGGUGGCCAAGGCCCGGCAGACCGAACCCUGGCCGGGCGCAGCCAACGAGCUACUCCCCAAUUACAACGAGCGCCUUGAGCUCAAUGACCCAGCCCUCGCUCUCCAGAGGCUCCUGGAGCUCCUUACGCACCUCCGUGCUGUGCACCGCUACUGCCUCUUUUGCGGGUGCACCUAUGAUUCGGCCAAGGAUAUGGAUGAACAUUGCCCGGGCAUCACCGAAGAGGAGCACGAGGAAGAGAACAUCCCAGCCCGUGAUGCUGAGGAGAAGGAGGCUGGUGAGGCUGGCGAGGACCCGCUCGAGGCCUACAUGGCCUCGAUCGAUGCAGAGGCCGAGCAGCAGCGACAGAAGGGCAAGCGCAAGAAGAGGCCUUGA